AUAGAGGUCGUUCCUUCUGCCUCUGCUCUGAUUAUCAAAGCUCUGAAGGAGCCGCCUCGUGACAGGAAGAAGCAGAAAAACAUUAAGCACAGCGGCAGCGUCAGCUUUGAUGAGAUAGUGAACAUCGCGCGGCAGAUGCGGCACAGGUCCCUGGCUCGAGAGCUCUCGGGAACAAUCAAGGAGAUUCUUGGAACUGCCCAGUCUGUGGGCUGCAGCAUCGAUGGCCGGCACCCUCAUGACAUCAUUGAUGACAUCAAUAAUGGCGCAAUUGAGUGCCCAGCU